CCAUUAUAAAAAAAAACCUUUGAAGUAACAGUGUGAAAUUUCUUCUUGAAAUCUGCAGGUUGUUGUAGUUUCUGACCAUUCCUGUCUAUUUAGUCUCAUUUCUGUUUGUCAGGGUUUUUCAGCAUUGAGAGAACUUCAAUGUACACAUUAAUGUUACAUUACACAUGUGAUUUAUAUAUCUAUAUUCAUAUUAUUUUUAUUUUUACUACAAAAUUGUUCGUUUUAGCUUGGAGUAGUUAUCUUUAGUUUUAUGUCAAUGUAGAGGAUAUUUACAAUUUUUGAAAGAAAUACUCAAUCUUUAAAUUAAGAAAAUUUAAAAUGAAAAGGUUACCUACUGUCAAAGAGUGCUGUUGUUGUUGUUCACUUAAAGCUGGAACAAUAUCACUUGCUGUCAUUGCACUUGUUCUGGGCUUGGGUUACAUUUCAAAGUGUGCAAAUAGCCUUCAAAACAGAAUAGGCAGACGCGAUACACCUUUCUCUGAAGCUGACAAGAUUAAGUAUAUCGUAGGAAUAAUUACCGGAAGCAUAUAUGCUAUAUUUGGCUUUAUUAUGCUUAUUGGAGCAUGCACUAAAAAUGUGUGUUUUUUGAAGUUUUGUGUUAUCUUGUCUUUCAUAGCUUUGGUCACUGAAAUACUAGUAUUCGUCACAACGAUCAUUCUCCAUUUCCUUUAUACAGAAAUUUUUUAUGAGUUAUUGAUAACAGUCUUUGUAAAUUCACUCUAUUUUGCAAUUCAAUUCUAUUUACUUUUGGUGGUGAACUCAUACGCUUUGUCGAUAGCAGAAGAUGAUUGAACAACUUUUAUUAUAUAAACAAAACUUACAUGUAA